AUGGGAGAAGAAAACCAAACCUACGUGACUGAAUUUGUCUUCCUGGGCCUUUCACAGGAUCCACAUACACAACUCCUGCUCUUCUUCCUUUUUCUGAUCAUCUACUUGCUGACUGUAAUGGGAAAUCUGCUUAUCAUUGUGCUCAUCCACACAGACUCCAGACUCCACACACUGUACUUUUUCCUUAGAAACUUGUCCUUUGCUGAUCUCUGUUUCUCUACCACCACAGUGCCCCAGGUGCUAGUCCACUUCCUGGCAAAGAGGAAAACCAUUUCCUUUGCUGGAUGCUCAACUCAAAUAUUUGUCUUACUUCUGGUUGGGUGUACAGAGUGCGCACUGCUGGCGGUGAUGUCCUAUGACCGGUAUGUGGCUGUCUGUAAGCCCCUGCACUACUCUUCUAUCAUGACACAUUGGUUAUGUGUCCAGCUGGCCUUAGGGUCCUGGGUCAGUGGAGCGUUAGUAUCUCUAGUGGAUACCACAUUCACACUGUGUCUGCCCUACCAAGGGAACAAUAUCAUUAACCACUUUUUUUGUGAACCUCCUGCCCUCCUGAAGCUGGCUUCCACAAAGACCUAUAGCACAGAAAUGGCCAUCUUUGCAAUGGGCGUGGUCAUCCUCCUAGCUCCUGUCUGCCUGAUCCUUGUCUCCUACUGGAAUAUUAUCUCCGCUGUGAUCCAAAUGCAGUCUGGGGAGGGGAGAUUCAAGGCUUUCUCUACCUGUGGCUCCCAUCUCAUUGUUGUUGUCCUCUUCUAUGGCUCAGCAAUAUUUGCCUAUAUGAGGCCAAACUCCAAGAUAAUGAAUGAAAGGGAUAAAAUGAUCUCUGUGUUCUACUCAGCAGUGACACCCAUGCUGAACCCGAUCAUUUACAGUCUGAGAAACAAGGAUGUCAAAGGGGCUCUCAGGAGAGUGACUGCAAAAUAG